UAUUAACAUCGCGUCUCGCGCGGAGUGAAACAGUGCUCAAACUGCACACGGAUUCUGAGUGUGUAAGAGCCAAGGCACUGAGUUCAUAGUGAUUUAGCCGACACAGUGCGGGAAGCACUCGUCACAUUCACCGCUUUUUUAAAAAAAAAAAAACCUCGCACCAUUUAUUUUUUUGUUCAUCGCUAGUAGCUUACAUACGUGAGCACGAGCGAGGACGCUGGCUUAGAGGACACGGCGUGUCAAAAAAAAAAAAACCGUUAAGGCCUCUUUCUCUCUGGCUGCUAGCAAGCUAGUAGAUACAAGUCGCUGUCGCUUUAUUUAACCUCGUGUGUAUAAAGCGGUUUAUUUAUUGCUCAGGGUGCCGUAUUUAUUUUAUCCGUCCGUCAAACACCAAAUAAAGAGUAGCUCGCGCUGGUGAGUCUCGUGCCUGUGUGUGGGAAAGUUUCUGCAUUCCGUGCUAAUGGGCUUGCUGUCUCAAGGCUCCCCGCUUAACUGGACAGAAACCAAGAAAUAUGCCGACCAUGUCCGAAAACACGGCAUUCUGCAGUUCCUCAACAUCUACAACAAGGUGAAGGACCGGCAGAAGGAUGUGCUAAAAUGGGGCGAUGAGGUGGAGUACAUGUUGGUGGAACUGGACGAGAAAAACGAAAAGGCUCGUCUGGUCCUGAAUGGAAACAAAGUGUUGGACACACUGCAAGAAAAGGGGGAAAAGGUCGACCCCAACCAUCCAACCCUGUGGAGACCAGAGUAUGGCAGCUACAUGAUUGAGGGCACCCCAGGACAGCCUUACGGAGGGAACAUGUCCGAGUUCAACACAGUCGAAGACAACAUGGGCAAACGGAGGAGGGAGGCCUCGUCCAUGCUAAAAAAGGACGAGACUCUCUGCACAAUCACAUCGUUUCCCAGGUUAGGAUGCCCGGGGUUCACACAGCCAGAAUACAGGCCGACACCUGUCGAAAAAGGAGCGAGCAAAUCCCUCUUCUUCCCCGAUGAGGCCAUCAACAGGCAUCCCCGAUUCAGCACUUUGACCCGGAACAUUCGUCACAGAAGGGGGGAAAAGGUGGUGAUUAACGUACCGAUCUUCAAAGAUCAGAACACGCCAAGUCCGUUUGUGGAGACGUUUCCCGAGGACGAUGGGGAGGCGGCGAGUGCAGCCAUGCCUGACCACAUCUACAUGGACGCCAUGGGCUUCGGAAUGGGAAACUGCUGUCUGCAGGUCACAUUUCAAGCUUGCAGCAUCAGUGAGGCUCGAUACCUCUACGACCAGCUGGCUACAUUCUGCCCCAUAGUGAUGGCCCUCAGUGCUGCUUCUCCCUUCUAUCGUGGCUACGUGUCCGAUAUCGACUGCCGCUGGGGCGUUAUCUCGGCCUCAGUGGACGACAGGACUCAGGAAGAACGAGGGCUGGAGCCUCUGAAAAACAACAAGUUCAGGAUCCACAAGUCAAGAUAUGACUCCAUUGACAGCUACCUUUCCUUUUGUGGGGAAAAAUACAACGAUAUCGAGUUGACGAAAGAUGAUGAAAUCUACAAUCAGCUCCUUGACGCAGGCAUUGAUAAAUUACUGGCCCAGCACAUCGCCCACCUCUUUAUCCGUGACCCACUGUCAAUCUUUGAGGAGAAGAUUCAUUUGGAUGACGAGAACGAAUCGGACCAUUUUGAGAAUCUUCAGUCAACUAACUGGCAGACCAUGAGGUUCAAACCACCUCCUCCGAAUUCUGACAUAGGAUGGAGAGUCGAGUUUCGGCCCAUGGAGGUUCAGUUAACCGACUUUGAGAACGCCGCAUAUGUUGUGUUCAUUGUUCUCCUUACACGAGUGAUCCUUUCCUACAAGUUAGACUUCCUCAUUCCAUUGUCGAAGGUGGACGACAACAUGAAAGUUGCCCAGAAGCGAAACGCGGUGCAAGAAGGCAUGUUUUACUUCAGGAAGGAUAUCUUUAAAGGCUGCAACCCUUUGUUCGACUCGGCUGCGUCAGCCGCCCAAAACGGCGUGGAGACCAAUGACGAUCAUGAGGAAUACACACUGAUGAGCGUUGACACAAUCAUUAACGGCAAGGAGGGAGUGUUCCAGGGACUUGUACCAAUUCUGAAUUACUACCUGGAGAACAUGGAGGUUGAUGUAGACACACGCUGCGCCAUCCUGAACUACCUGAAACUUAUUAAGAAGCGGGCAUCGGGAGAACUGAUGACCAUGGCAAAGUGGAUGAGGGAAUUUGUCUCCAAGCAUCCAGAGUACAAGAACGACAGCGUCAUCACCGACAAAAUAAACUACGACCUGCUUUGUAAGUGCGACCGAAUUGCCAAGGGGGAGGAGCAGUGCCCCGAACUGAUCGGAGAGCCAGUGAAACGAGGAAACUGAGGCAGAAAGAAGAAGCCGUGUGUCAUGAGAGUCCUUUUUUUUUUUUUUUUUUCUUGCAUGGAAACUGGUAACCAAAAUGUUUCACAAGAUAACAAUUAAAAAAAUAAGAGAACGUUCCAGACAAAUUAAAGUUUCGGAGUAUGGAUUUUGCAGGGCUCUGCUGUAUUUUUUUCAUUAUUAUUAUUAUUAUUAUUAUUAUUAUUAUUAUUAUUAUUAUUAUUAUUAUUAUUAUUAUUAUUAUUUGUGUGUGUAUAUAUAUAUAAAAUUUCUAUGCUUCUCAAAAUCAAAAUUAUUUUAAUAACUUUAAGUUCAGUGUUACUGGGAUCAGGUGUGUAUAUUUUCUUCUUGUUUCUGACUAAAGAUCCUGCUCUGAGGUUGUGUGUAUGUAAAUGUAGCAUUUGUAUAUUAGUAAGUUUACUUUCCACUGUUGAAAACCUACUGUAAAAAUCGUUCAUUAAUCAGUUCAUAUUAAGUUUACAUUAACAUUGUUGGCUUGAUAGUGUCCUCUACCAUGAUGUGUUUUACAUUGUGUGGAGAUUUUCUCCAUAUGCAGUUUUUUCUCCCCCCCCUUUCUUUUAAUACAAAAUUAUUCUUGAUGAAAGUUGUGGCACUUAUGUUCGUCCAUGCAAAACACCACAUGUGGCUUAGUUAAUAAUGUUAAAAUGUGUGUUUGGUGUUUAAGAUUAAGAGACCAUGGUCAGCUGAUCUUAAAGAUGAAAAAGUAUCAGGAUGAAUUGACUCUUCAGAUUCUUUACAGUUAGCUAUCAUUAAAUUAGAUUUAUGUUAAACUGUUAGUAUUUUAAAGUAGCGGUUAUUUUGAAGUCAUCCAUUAGAGGAUGCACAUAUUUUAACAAAACUGUUCAAAGACCAAAAUGAGAAGACUUCCGCAUUUGAGUUCAUGGCUUCAAAUAAAGUGAUUCCUAUACAUAUCAAA